AUGUGUGUUGAUCGGAUAACGGAGCGAAAUUCACCCACGCUAGAUACUAUCAGAAUGCAAGUUUUUUUCGAUAUGAACUAUAUGUCAAGAGACUUAUUUCUGAAGGAACAUGAAGGUGUUGUCGCAACUCGUUUCAAGCCUAUACUAGAAAAAAUAUGUGCUCCUGUCAGGAAUUCUCCGGAAGAAUAUGAAAAGGUCUAUCGGUUUAUCAUCUUUGGAACUCUUCUUUAUCCUGGACUUGGGUUGUCGAACCGCAUAACGGCUAUCAGAGAAGCCACAUCUAUACUGCAAACGUAUCUGCCAAUAGAUGAAACGCCAAAGUUUUGCUUCAUGCAUCCACAAAGGCGUGAACAAAAGUUUUUCGAGCUUGUAGAACUUGUUUUGGGAACACGGGUUUACAACUUCAGCCUGGGUUUUGGUGGUGAAGGCAUUGACAAUCUGCCUGAACUAGCUGAAGAGGGCGUACGUACAACAGUAGAAACAUUAGACAAACAGCUGAAGGAGGUCGAGACUUAUGCUUCGCUUUUUACAAGUCUUUAUCUGAAACUUGCGGCUGUUGACGUGAAUACCGAAACUCAGGCUAAUGUAUCGGCCAUCGAAGCCGAGAAGAUGGGUAUCUCACGAAGCCUCUUAAAGGCAGCGACCAUUAACGCGCGGCAAUUGGCGGUCUACCUGCGUCUGAUACGUAGAGACCUUGUCAGUCUGGAGAGUGGCCACCGAGAGGACAAGGAGAAGCUGGUGUUAGUCCUCGGUGAGAUUCUGAAUUGCCUCAGGGCUAACCAGAAUACUCUCCAUCCAUCUUUCCAGAAACAUUUGCUCGAGUUGUCCAGACUGUGGAUGAAAUUCAAAGAAAACGUGACCUUUAUUGCAAUGCUCUCAAACCUACUCAACAGUCUUCAGCAAUUCAGCUUCCGUCGGUAUGUUCUUUUGGAGGCUUCGCGACUGCUCAACUUGAUCCACGAGGCUGAAGUUGUGUGUGAUGAAAUGCGAAAAAAGGCUACCACGAGAGUUAAACCCAAAAAGGAGGAUGGAUCCCAAUGGGCAUUUCCGACACCAGGUUCAGAGGUAAAAGUCGACUUGAAUGGGUUUUGUGCAUGGUCUAUCGUUCGCUACCAAGGUCUGCCAAUUCCCUGCACACCCUGGAUUGGAGUGUAUGCGUUCGAGGGGAAAAAGUAUGGAUUUUCGUCCGUGGAAGCUGCCGUGGAAUUCGGUUCUGCACCCGAAAAGUUCAUUGCAGAGCUCAAUGAAGUUGCUCGCAAUAACCCCGAACUGAUAGACCUCCUCAGUAUGGCCUCAACUUUCCAAGAGGGAAGCGCAUUCUUCCCUAAUGAGGAGGACGCCGUGGAGCCAAAGCAACUGACUGAUCAGGGCAGUCAGACUGUAGUUCAUCCCAUUCCACGUCAUAUAGACACGAAAUACACGUGGAAUGAAUGGGAACUUAGAAGACGGGCAUUGCAAAUGACAUACGUUCGCAAGUGUGUGACCCACAGUGUGCAAACGCAUUUAAGCAAUUGGCGGCGGGACAAUGAUACACAAGUAUACCUUCCCAGAUUAAAAUGCAAUCAAACAAAGCGAGACAACUAUAGCCAAGUGCCGAGGCCAUCGGUGUAUCUCCAUGGACUGCGUGGUGGCGUGAGUGUGGCCAAGGCUGAAGGAGCGAAGGAGGCUUUUGAGGGAUCUCCAUAUUCCAAUUGGUGUAAAGUUUACCGUUUCGUUGACUCUACCAAGGUGGACCUCACUCUGCCCGCAGAAGACCACUUUUGUGGCAUGAACAGUGAAACCAGGGCGCCGAUGUGCUAG